AUGUCAGAAACUUACGGCGUCGUUCCUGGAACUUUGAAGGAGGCACUCUCCAGAAGCACAUGCCACCUAUGGCAUGGCAAGGGACUCCGUGUCCAAAUCACCAAUUCUAAAGUUAUCAACGAGUCGAAUGCAGCAGACAGAAGAUACAGAUGCGUUUUGAGUGACGGUAAAUACUCCAUUCAGGGCUUGAUUGAUUCGAGCUGCAAUGAAUACUUGGAAGCCAACGGGUUUGCCAGGUUCUCUAUCAUCACCAUCAACCAGUACACUAUAGCCAAAACGAUGAAGAGAAUCAUUUUGAUUGCUAGUCUUACGGUCGACGUACCUAAAGCAGAGCGGAUUUCCACUGAUUUGAGUAGUCUUGAUUCGUUUUUCGAUCAAAAACCAGAAGAGGAUAUUGCCACUGGAAUUCCUGGCGCUGGUGCUCAGCAACAGAACACCACACCACAACCACAGCAUGCUCCAGCGCAGGCAGCAGCAGCACCAACUACAAUGAAGAAACCACGUGAAGAUCGUCCAGUGAACCCAAUUGAGUCUUUGUCGCCAUAUCAGAACAACUGGACUAUCAAGGGACGCGUCUCUUAUAAGGGAGACAUCAGAACAUGGUCCAAUAGCAAGGGCGAGGGUAAAUUAUUCAAUGUCAACUUCUUGGACGAGUCAGAUGAAAUCAGAGCGACUGCUUUUAACGAAAUGGCAGAGAAAUUUGCGGGUCUCUUGGAAGAAGGAAAGGUUUACUAUGUCACCAAGGCACGUAUCCAACAGUCUAAGCCUAAAUUCUCACACUUGAGUCAUCCUUACGAGCUUUCUUUGGACAGAGAUACCGAAAUUACCGAAUGUUUUGACACAUCUGAUGUACCAAAGAUCAACUUCAAUUUUGCUAAGUUGGAUGCCAUUCAAAACCUCGAAAAGGAUUCAGUCAUUGAUGUGAUUGGUGUUAUCAACACCGUCAAUGAUGUGUUCCAAAUCACAGCCAAAUCAACUGGUAAGCCUUUCAACAGAAGAAACAUCACCUUAGUUGAUGACUCGAACUUUGCAAUCGAUGUUGGUUUAUGGAAUCAGACUGCUGUCGACUUCAGUAUUCCUACCGGAUCGGUGAUUGCUCUCAAAGGCGUGAAAGUUCAAGACUUUGGUGGUCGCUCUUUGAGUUUAACGCACGCUGGUAGCAUCGUCUCGAACCCAGACAUUCCUGAGGCUUAUCAAUUGAAGGGAUGGUAUGACAACAAGGGUUCUAGCGAAAACUUUAAGUCAAUGAAGACUGAAAACAAUUCGUCUGAACCUCUCAACCGUCGUAAAACAAUUGCACAGGCCGAAGGCGAGGGCUUAGGUGGGAACGAGAAACCAGAUUACUUCACAGUCAAGGCAUCCAUCAAUUACAUCAAGACUGACAACCUUGCAUAUCCUGCUUGUAACAACGAGGUCAACACGACCGGAAGAGGCCCCAGCCCUUGUAAUAGAAAGGUUAUUCAAGAGGGAGAUGGUCCUUGGAGAUGUGAAAGAUGUAACUUAACUUAUCCUGAGCCACACUACAGAUACAUUUUAAGUGCCUCAAUUGUUGACCAUACUGGUCAAAUUUGGGUCACUCUAUUUGACGAUGAUGCCAGAAAAAUGUUCGAUAUGAGCGCUGGUGAAUUGCUUAACUUGAAACAUGACGAAACUGAGUUCAAGAAGGUCAUCAACUCAAGCAUCAUGAAGGAGAUGAACUUCAGAUUGAAAGCCAAGCAAGAUAGCUAUAAUGGAACUGUCAGAGUGAGAUAUCAAGUGAGCAGUAUCAGCAAUCUCGAUUAUGUUUCCGAGUGCAAUGCCUUGGCAAAGGAAUUGGAGAGUGUUCUUUUGGUGUAA